AGGUUCCUCCCCCUUGUAGUUUAUAAAGUCUCUCCUCACAAGCAAAACAAAUGUACUCCCAAAUACAAAGAAGACUCCAAAACCAUUCCCAUGGAAAUAGCCGGAGACCCUCCACCGAUAUGGCCACAGCUGAGCAAUUCCAUGCCUCGCCGUCGCUCACCAUCUCCUCUUUUCACCCCACCGGUUCUCAUCAUUCUCUUACCCAUCAUCGCAUUGCUUCUCUUGUUCUUUGCCGUCCCUCCUUUUCUCUCCAUCACCUCUCAGAUUUUUAGACCCAACGGUGUGAGGAAAAGCUGGGACUCCCUCAACAUUUUUCUAGUCUUGUUUGCCAUUCUUUGCGGCGUUUUUGCUAGAAGAAACGAUGAUGAUGAUAACAACAGCGGCAGCAGCGGCAACAACAAUGUUAGAAAUGAUAAUAAUAAUAAUAAGAAUGAGGCUUCUAGCCAUCCUGUUAAUUCGCAACAAUGGUUUGGGUAUCCAGGAAGGAAGAUCUACGAUGAUGAUCCUCCGAUGAACGCGUCGGGAACCAGCGUUAGGAGGUUGAAGAGAAGCAGUAGCUCGUAUCCAGAUCUGAGAAAGGAGUCUUUGUGGGAGACUAGUGAACAUCGGUUUCGUUUUUUUGAUGAUUUUGAAAUAAACAAAUAUCGAUCCUCAACAAAUUAUAAUGAUCAAGUUCAUGAGCUUCGUAGGACGAGAAUUGAGUUUGAGGAAUCUGAAGCAAAAGUCAUUCCGAUUGAUACCUUUGUGCUUCGUCCCUCACCUUCAUCACCACCGUCAACUCCACCUCCACCACCGCCUCGGCCUCCAGCUGCACGCCAUAAGCCAAGACGAAUUUAUCAAGCGGUAGGGCAGAAAGAGAAGGUGAUGAUUCAGAACGAUAAUGUUGAAUUCAAUAAUCUUGAGUCUGCACAGCCAGUAACACCACCACAGCCUCCACCGCCACCUCCUCGGCGACCACCAUCACCGCCAGUGCAUAUGGGCUUUAGAUCGGAGCACAAGUAUGGGAAAUUGGAACGUAGAAGAAGUAAUGCAACCAAAGAAAUAAAGAUGGUUUUUGCUUUGUUAAGGAAGAGCAAGAAGAAGCAGAAGACAAAGGAUCAUGAUCAUCAGCACGAUUGUCCUUUGCAUUCUCCACGUGAGCCACCACCUUAUUACUCUACUACCAUACGACCACCAUCACCAGCACCUCCUCCACCUCCACCCCCGCCACCACCACCCUCGGUCUUUCAAAAAUACAAUCUCUUCAGAAAGGGCAGCAAAAGCAAAAAAAUCCAUUCAGUGCCUGCACCUCCGCCUCCACCACCUCCCCCACCAGCAUUUUCACUUUCAGAACGAUCAUCAAAGCGAAAUAUUCAGAUCCAGCCAACACCACCACCUGCACCGCCACCAGCUUUUUUCUCUACAAAAAGACUAUUGAAGCAAAAGAGUCAGAUUCCGCCGCCAUCCAAACCACCACCUGCACCACAAACACCGCCACCCGAACCUUCACGGAGGCGAACUGCAGCCACCAUCGGUAGGCCACCAUUGCCGACAAAAGCAAACACUUCUAGCUAUUACGGCGAGAACGUGAACAGCGGUGGACAGUCACCGUUAAUUCCGACACCACCACCACCACCACCUCCGCCACCAUUUAAAAUGACGGAGUUCAAAUUUGUUUUUCGUGGGGAUUUUGUUAAGAUACCGAGCAGUCCUAGUUCUCGGUGUAGCUCUCCGGAAUUGGAGGAAGUUGAUGUCUCAUCAAGCAAGGGUGACGUGGAGACGGCCAGCAUGAUGGGCGGUGAUGAUGGGGUUGGCGUUGGAAUUGGAGGGGUCCCGGUGUUUUGUCCCAGUCCUGAUGUUAACGCUAAAGCUGAGACCUUUAUUGCCAGAUUCAGGGAUGGGUUGAAAUUAGAGAAAAUAAACUCCAUGAAAGAGAAGCAAAGGAUAUAGCUGCGAUCCAGCAACAAGUUCAGACAUUUCCCAAAUUUUUCUGGUUGAUUUGGUUUCUCCGUAUACAUACGAUUAAUCAAAAGUUGACUGAAUAUAUUAUACUAGGGUAUAUAUAGUAUUAAUUAAAAUAAUAUUAGUAGAUAUAUAAAUAGGAAUUACGGAAAUGGGAGCUUCAUGUGAGUUAAUUUUUUGUUCACCUUCAUGGAGCUCCUUGUUAGUUUGGGUGUUUCUCAGUUUCUGAUGAUUUGAAGAGUAUCUAUCUUGGAUGGUACCAGGGAUGAUGUGGAUGCAUGGCGGUUGGCUAUGACUGUGCUGUUUUUUUGUGUUCAUCAGCUGGAGCCUAAGCUGGAGAUUAUUACAAGCUUGAAGUUCUGUUGGGUAUCAUACUAAAAUGUUUAGGAAGUGAUUAAUUUGUUGAGUAUUGACAAUGGGCUCUCAUGGUGUUUUUUGUUCACCUAUUGAAGCCUCGUUUAUUUCCACUUGUAGUCUAGUGGAAAAUUGUGUGAGUUUGCAGUUUACAGUUUUAAAAGCUUGGUUUUGAUGUGAUGAAUACUUGUUCCAUAAAAGGUA